GUUUAGUCACUGAGGAAAAAGAAUGAAAGAGGCAGAUCAUCGAGCUUUCCCAGCAACACUGGGGUUUGAGGAGAACUUUCCUGAUGGCUUACGUGUGAUGGCCCUCGACUCCAAUCGGGCCUGUCUCAAGAUCCUCAUCGCGAUGCUUCGGAAGUGCUCUUUCACAGUGGUCGCAGCUGAAAGAAGUGCGCAGAAAGCCCAAAAAAAGCUUAUCAGUGGCAGUGCACCCUGCGACAUCGUCGUGACUGAACUGAAGAGGUUUGACAUGGAUAUUUUCCAGUUUCUGAGAAGCGCUUCGCAAAGGGGCAUUCCAGUAGUUGUUCUCUCUGCAUGGGAGGACAAGGAUAUGAUAUCGGCGGCGAUCAUCAAAGGUGGUGUUGCACAAUACAUGCGGAAGCCAGCUAACUUGACGUCGACUAAAUCCAUCUGGACACAUGUUUAUAGGGCAAAAUUAUGUGCAUGCAUCAAUGGCAGUCCUAACAAUGGCAUUAAUACCAUCAGCAAUGGUGAUGGUCUACCUCGGAGCCCUUGCCCCACAGCAGACAAUGCUCCUACAGAAGCUGCACAUUUAGCGGAAACAUACAAUCACGCCGUCGAGGAGAGAAUGAACGAGGCCCACAAGGAUGACACACAUACUGGUUCUAUGCUCUACUCGACCAACAACCGGGAGGAACGGGUGGAGAAGGAGGAGGUUGGUGGGGAUGAGGUUCAGAAUCUUGCUCCCAAAAUGAAGCCGAGGUUGGUUUGGGGGGCGCAUCUCCAGAGCAGGUUCUCAUCUGUCAUUUGCAAUCUCGGAGGAGCCGACAAUGCGAAACCUAAAAAGAUAUGGGAACUCAUGGGGGAGCCUGAACUGACAAGAGAGAAUAUUGCAAGCCAUCUUCAGAAACACAGGCUUAAUAUAAGGAAGCAAGUUGCGGAGGCGCAUUUGGGCGGAGCUGUUGCCUCGCUCCAGCAGAGCGGCAAUCCUACUACGCCAAACCCAAACCAUAAUGCUGUGGCGAGCCCAAACCUUCAGGUCCAUCCCGACCAAACUGCUGCAUUGUACAACCAACCUUACCAUCCGACAAUGCCUGUACAACUCCCGAUGUGGACGGACAAUCUGGUGGCGAUCCAGCCCUCGUUUCCUCUUGAAAUGGGAGGUGACACGAGGAUGAACAAUCCUCAGGCAAAUUGGCUUGGGAUGGAAGGUCAAGACACCUUUGGAAAUCCCUACAAUGAUCCUUUUCAGCCAAAUGCUCCAUCAUCGAAUCCUAUAUGGGAAGCCUUUAACCAGCAAUUCAUUGACUAUGAUCCUGUCCUCGACUUUGAGAACGAUUCUGCUGGCGCCUAUCAACCAGUCCUCGACUUCGGGAACAAUACCGCUGGUGGGUUGGAAGUUCCCUCAAUCUCAACCGGCAUAGUUGAUAUGAUGCAACAUGGAGGUGCCAGUCUAUACCCUGUGGCAAACGGAACGUUGCCAGGCUAUACUUGGGCCCAUGAUGCCCCAAGUGCUCAUAAUUUUAUAGAAUUUGCAGCGGCUGGUUCCUCUGCUAUGGUGAGUGGACCUGUUCAUCAAGAUGCCAAUAUCAGUUCGGCCCUCGACACUCCAAGUGGAACAUUUUCGACAUGAUCUUCUAAUAGUUAUUUCCAUGAUGCUCUAAAUUAUAACUCAAAAUUGUUGAGGUACCGCAGCUAGCAUCGAUCGCUUGAAUGUCGAGUAUAAGGACUUUUUGUGAAACAUUUUGUUCAUGGUGCAUGCCCUUUGUCAGCAUCCCGUUUUAGUCCACUGCACUCGAGAACCAUCAAAGAGGACUUGACUG